UAUGUAUGACUUGUUCUUGUGGCCUGUGUGUCUUCCCGGCUAAUUUGACCUUGACCGUAGCGGCGGAGGCCGACAGUCAUACGUGGUUCCCUGACCCACAUCCAGACGCGGCUAAAUUCUCGUAUACUCACCAAAUGACGACGGUAAAUUAGGAUAUACGUAAAAACUCUUCCUGUUAGCCCGUAAUCCGAUCGAAAUUCUGGAACUUGAGCUCAACAUCUCUCUCUAACUUACCCAUCUUACCCUUUCUCCCUCUCUCUCUCUCGAUGCCGUUUUGCUACGUGGGUUCGUACCAAGACGGCGGCGAUGGCGGAGACCAAAAUCGGAUCAAAAUUUUAUACAGAACCUACGGCAGUGGACCUAUCAAGGUCCUCAUGAUAAUCGGUUUGGCUGGAACCCACGAUUCAUGGAAUCCACAAAUUAAGGGACUGACGGGAACAUUGGUGCCCAAUGACGAUCAUCUGGCGGCGUUUGAUAAAGAAUCAUCUGGUAUUGAUGGGGAUGGGUUCAAUCAGGAUGCUGUUGAAGUAUGUGCUUUUGAUAAUCGUGGAGUUGGUUGCAGUUCUAUUCCAACAAAAAAAUCUCAAUAUUCAACCACAAUUAUGGCAAAAGAUGCAAUAGCUCUAAUGGAUCAUUUGGGUUGGAGAAAAGCACAUGUUUUUGGCCAUUCAAUGGGUGCCAUGAUAGCGAACAAGGUUGCUGCAAUGGUGCCUCAUAGAAUUCGAUCUUUGGCUUUGUUAAAUGUAACAGGUGGAGGUUAUGAAUGCCUACCAAAGAUUGACCGCAGAACACUAUCCAUUGCAUAUCGUUUCUUGAGGGCAAAAACUCCUGAGCAGAGGGCGGCAGUAGAUUUGGAUACCCAUUAUACAAAGGAAUAUCUUGAUGAAUUAGAUGGAGCAAAUACAAGAAGAAGUAUUUUAUAUCAAGAGUAUGUAAGAGGUAUAUCAGCUUCAGGGAUGCAAAAUAGUAAUGGUUUUGAUGGGCAAAUCAAUGCUUGCUGGAAGCAUAAAAUGACAGGGAAAGAACUCGAGUACAUAUGCUCUGCUGGAGUUCUUAUCUCAGUCAUUCACGGCAGACAUGAUGUGAUUGCUCAAUUCAACCAUGCAAAGAGACUUGCCCAGAAGCUCCAGCCUAAUGCCAGAAUGGUGGAUCUCCAUGGAGGUCAUUUAGUUAGUCAUGAGAGAAUCGAAGAGGUGAAUCAAGCACUUAUAGAAUUGAUCAAAGCAUCUGAAAAGAAUUUAAGUCCAUACGACUGGACAAACUUGACCCAAGAAACAUCCGGUUGGCAACUGAUAAACAUUCCAGAAGGAAGGGGUAUAAGUCUUGUGGUAAUGAAUAUAGAGAAGCUGUACAUAUUUGUUUUACACCUGUUUGGACUGUUGAUCCUCUUACUCAAGUAUCUGCAAAAACUUUUGAGAAGCUUAAAACCAAGUAGAGUUGGAUCAUCAUUGUCCAUAGACGAAGACAACAAUUAAGAGACAAUCAAUCAAUCCCUGCAAACUGGUAAAGUAAAUCAUCAAUUUUUUCAUUUCCAUACUGACAAAAGAAAGUGAGGUUGCAGCAAGAAUUACGUAUAUUACAGAGAGUGUGUCAAGGUAGCAGAUGCCCAUAUAAAAAAACAUUCUUUUUGUGUCUGAUAUGAAACAUUAACUGUAAUACAAGUUUCAUACAUAUAUACACAUUUGCUGCUCAAUGAAUGAUACUAGUUAUUUGCGAUUU